AUGAAUAAUUCCUAUAAUGAGAUGAAAAAUCUUAAGUUUUGUCAACCUCUUGUUCUCAGCUUAAAGAAAGGAUUAGCUAAAAGAUUUCAAAGAUACAUGACUUGCGAAAACUGUCAAAUAUCAGCUGUCUUAAUUCCAAAAUUUAUACUGAAUUGGGCUAAACCUCAUGACAAAGUUAUUAUAAGACAGGGACUGAUUGAUUAUUUGAUCUCAGAUAAUGAGAAGGAUGAUAAUACUGAUA